UAUGAGCAUAAAAAGGAAGACACUUUGGGAAGCAGGCAGUCGAGUCACACAAACAGAGACAACUGUUCAGAGCGAAAAAAGAGAGUGGAAAAAGACCAGUGGCAGGAAGAGAAGAGAGAAGAGGAGUCGAGACGCUUGGCAUCAGUGACUGCAGAGUGUGAAGAUGCUGUGUCCGGCCUGGAUGCUGGCACUGGCUGUGCUGUGUGCGUUUUGUUCAGAGGUGAGCGGUCAGUGCUGGGCACACUCACAUUGCAAAGAUCUCAGCUCUGAGGAGAACAUGCUGGAAUGCAUACGCCUGUGCAAGUCUGAACUGACAGCAGGUCGGCGUGCCUCCAGCACCAUGGAAACGGAGGGGGAAGAGGGCAUGCUGGGAUUCCUGCUCCCUAUGGUGUCCAGCAUGCAGGAGGGCCCGGAGGUGGACGAGCAGGGGCGCGAGCCUCGGCACGAGGACAAGCGCUCCUACUCCAUGGAGCACUUCCGCUGGGGAAAGCCGGUCGGGCGCAAGCGCCGGCCAAUCAAGGUCUUCCCCAGUGGCAUGGAGGAGGAGUCGUCCGAGGCCUACCCGGCCGAGAUGAGGCGAGAGCUCCUGGGCGACUGGGACUACGCUCCGGAAGAAGAGGGCGUGGCUGAGGAACACCCACAGCUCACCCUCCAGACCAAGAAGGACAGCACCUACAAGAUGAAGCACUUCCGCUGGAACGGGCCGCCGGCCAGCAAACGCUACGGUGGCUUCAUGAAGCCCUGGGGCGAGCGAAGCCAAAAACCCCUGCUGACUCUCUUUAAAAACGUCAUCAUCAAGGACGGCCAACAGAAGAAAGCUCAGUGAAGACACUCCAGUGGGUGAGAGGGAGGGAGGGAGGAAGGAAGGAAGGAAGGAAGGAAAGGAGGGAGGGAGGGAUGGUUACGUGAGAUUGAAAUGCUAAAAUCAAAGUUCUGCCACCUCUGCUCCCACUUCCUGUCUUUACCCAUCAGGUAGUCAACUUUCUGAUUUGUUUUGAGAAAACACUUUGCUCAAAGGAGAUGCUUUAUUACCAGCAACUACUUUGCUUUUACAACGUAGUGACACAUAACUUCUGAAUAGUGUACAUAAACCUGCUUUUAACUGGGGAAGGUGGUGAGGAAAGGGAGAUUUAAAAUGGAAAGCAUUUUUUAUUUUGUAUUGACAUGUACUAUAUUGUAAAUGAAUGAAACAUUAAAAGAUGGUACUUUGUUGCAAACUAAAAAA